AUGCCGUCCACAGCGGGGAGCAGGAUGAACCAGAGCGGCAACGGUGAGACCGCCAACAUAGCACGGCCAGCAGAGGAGCUCGUCGACGACAAGCUGACGCUCCGCCGGUGGCGUGCCGACGACGCCGACAGCCUCUACGCCGCCGCGAGCUCGUCCCUCGCCGAGCUCGGCCGGUGGAUGCCGUGGGCGGCCAAGGGCUACUCCAAGGACGACGCUGACCGAUUCCUACGCUUCACCACCGGCGCCUGGGACGCCGACGAAGAGUACGACUACGCCAUCGUCGACGACGGCCGCGUCAGCGGCUCCUGCGGCUUGAUCAGACGCAUCGGCCCCGACGCUCUCGAGAUUGGAUACUGGCUCGCCGCCGACGCUACCGGACGGGGUCUGGCCACUCGCGCCGCCUCCUUGCUCGUCGACGCCGCCUUUCUCUUGCCCGUCGACCGCGUCCAGAUUCGACACGACAGGCGGAACGUCCGGAGCGAAGCUAUUCCCCGCCGGCUCGGCUUCCGCUGCCUCGGCCAGCAGGCGAGCCCAGCUCCGCCGGAGACGGACAUUGUGUGGCAGCUAGACCGACCGCGGAAGCAAGCGGCAUGA